GUUAAAUCAGAGCCGUCAAAAUAUGUUUGUAGAUCAAGAGAAACCGAAGUGUCUCAAAUUUCUUCAGAGGCAAAGGUUAGAGACGAGCGUGAAUGGAAGCAUAAUGACUGCAGAUCCUACUCCAAUGGAGUCUGAAGCGGAUUUGAACAAGCCGGUUGUGGAGAAUUCAGUUGAAAGGGAUGUUCCGAACACUGAAACUGGAGAAAUGCUAGAUUCAAACAAUGGGACAGAGUUGAUUGAAAAUGAAGUAAAUGGUAUCCUGGAACCUUAUGUUGGAAUGGAGUUUGACACCGAAGAGGCUGUCAAGGAAUACUAUGAUGCAUAUGCCACGCGUGUGGGUUUUAGAAUCCGUGUUGGUAACUUCCAUCGUUCAAAUCGUGAUGGAUCCAUUAACAGUCGUAAGUUUCUUUGUAACAAAGAAGGUUUUCGUGACAAUAAGAAGUCAAAAAGGGGUGAAGUAAGGAGGUCGAGGGAGGAAACUAGGGAGGGCUGCAAGGCAAUGAUUAUGGCGAGGAAAGAGAAGUCCGGGAAGUGGGUUGUUACAAAGCUUGAAAUAAGACAUUGUCAUCCUAUGUGGAUUUCUAGAGGCAAGAAAGUCACCAUUCCGGCUCCAUCACAGGAUGAGAAAGACAAGAAAAUUCGUGAGCUAUCUGCAGAGCUUUAUCGGGCGAACCAACAGUUAGCAGAGUGCAGAAAAACACUUGAAAUGGUUCUGAAAGAGGUAGACCAACACGGAGACCGCCUUACUAAAAGUGUUCAAAAUAUAGUUAAGAGUGUAAAAGAGAUUGAAGACAAGGAUCGAGAGAAAUUAUAACAUUCUUAGUUAUAACAGUAUAACUUAUAUCAUUAACAUUCUUAGUUAUAACAGUAUAACUUAUAUCA